CUAAAAUUCCUAAGGAUGCAUCGUAUUGCAGAGGAAAACGUAAACAAUACGUAGCGGAAAGUCGAUAUAAGCGAGGUGCGCACGAGUCCCGCGCAUUUCUUCACGCGUGCGCCCGGGGACAACAUGACCGUCUUUAUUUGCAUCACUGCAGCUUUGCUCGCGGCUGUCUCAGCAGCGCCCCCCAGCCAGCCAAGAUUCUACCAGGGGCCUGGGAAUCCUAACUUUCAGCCCGGGUUGGAUCAGUAUUACUUGGACAACGCGGAAGUGGCGAACUACUACAACCAGGCGCAGCAGAAGCAAGGUCAAGUGAACGCGAACGCGCCGGCUCGGCUGGAGAACCUCGAGCCUGACAGCGAAGUGGAACUGGUACCAGGAGUGCAGCAGCCGCAGCAACCACCUCAACAGAACCCAGUAUCACCCAACUUGCCGGGCUUGGUGCCUGGACAGCGGGUGUUCAUUGUGCAUAUGCCAGUAUCGGGAUACAGGCCGGGCACUGUUGGAGGAUACCAGCCCCUAUACAUUGUAGCUGCAGCACCUCAAGGGGGCAACGCUGGAGCAUAUGCAGCCAAUGGGUACCAAAAUGCCAUCCUACUUGACCCCUCCGGGCAAGCAGUGCUGUCACCAGUGAACGGGUACUACCGACCUGGCCUGGGGCCUCAGCAGAACCCUGGACUACUUCUGGGAGCGCCUCUUGGCUUGCAGCGACCUUUCGACUUGGCGUAUCAAGAUCCUAACCUAGCAUACCAACAACUUGGACCUCAAGGACCGGGACCAGAGGGACAGCAGAUUCGCCUUGCUCCCGUGCCAUUCCGUCAACCUGCAGCAGUCGCUAACGCUGCUCCAAAUGCCAAUCAAUCAGCAGCACCGUCAGAGCAGAAGCGUGUUGGCCAAUCAGCGGAGAGCAACGAGUUGAAGGAAGAACCGAAGCGCAACGCGAGACCUGCGCCCGCCCAUGCCCCGCGCAAACCUUAGACUGCUAGAAAAAUAUCUGCACAGUAGAUGUAGUGUGUCAACCCCUUUAGGGUUUUGAGUCACAUUUGUAAUAUUGUCAAUGUUCUAAGUCGAAAACUUGUUUAAAGUACUCUUCACGCUAACCUAUCUUGACGUUUAAAUAUUUACGCUGACUUUCCCAUUCACCACCUUGAAAUCAAUAUCAAUACCAAUGUUAUAUUAACUGAUUGAAGAAUACGAUGAUUCCGCGUGAGUUUGUAUUUAAACUUUUGUUGAUAUUUUACAAAUUUGACUAAAACUGCUGAAGCGGAAAAACUAGAAAUCAACGAAUAUUUACGAAAACUGUUAUUGAAACUUUGAAAAGCGAAGUUAAGAAUGAGAUAAGCCAAUUCAAUCUACGCUUACAUAUUGAUGAAGUGUACGGUGUACGUAGAUAAAAUGUAGACAUGUGAUAAUUAGUAGAUAUAUGAAGAUUCUGUGAUUUGGUCUGCCCCAAAUAAUUUUAUUUGUUAUUAAUAUCUUUUACUAACCAAACACAAGUUUUGGACGAAAAAGACUCUGCCCAUUUCGACAUUAUUCAAUAUAAUAUACUAAAUAAUCUAAAAAGCUCGGCAAUUUGACUUGAAUAUGAUUGAUAUUUUGAAGCAAAAAAAAAAUGAUACGAGUAGGUACAUCAAGACAAACUGCAUAAUUCCUAACCAUUUUAUUGCUUAUAUCACCUAAUCUGAUAAGUAAUCUAAUUCCUUUUGCAAUAAAAAACUGUGUCACCUUCAUAUUAUGUACCUAUUAUUUUAUUCAGAAAAUUCAUAAACUGGGGUAUUUUAAACCUUGUAAAAAGAGAUCAUCGAUUAUGAUAGGAUAAUUAAUACAGGGUGAUUCAGGAGACGUGAGCAGGACUAACACUGCGCUUUUCGUAAAUUAUAAGCAACUGUUUCCUAUCAGUAUUAGUGAGGUUAACGUUAAUUUUCUAGUCGUGUUGAAAAAAAAAGUUAUUAAUUUAUUUACGACGAGGAUGGUCACCCUAACAUUAGAAUACUAAACUACCGAUAUUCUGUGUCAAAUUGAAUGUCAUCACUGUCAUCACGGUCUGGUUACUUUUGAAAACUCGUAUCUCACUCAGGUUUGACAUUUUAUUUUCUUCGUAAAAGAGGUUUUAUGUUUAUUAAUUAGGUUUUGUAUGGUGACCAUGAUUGUAGAGAAUUAAAUUUGCCCUCACCAAAAAGUUGAAAAAUAGGAAAAAGUGUGGUUGUUUCACCUAAAUACGACGGUGAUCGAUCAAUUAUCAGUUACUGAGUGUGCAGGAUUAGUCCUGCUCACGUCUCAUGAAUCACCCUGUAUAUUAUCUUGUACCUGAUUGAACUUAUUUUAGAGCAUUAUUGAACGAAAUAAAAAAAGUAUUAAUAAA